AUGUACGAAAAAAAAAAAUAUUCAUUUUAAUUUUAUUAUUUUAUUUAAUAAUUUAAUAUAGUCUUUAUCUUUAAAUAAACCCUUAAAAUUUAUUGUACAUAAAACCAUAAAUAAAGCCAAGGCUUCAACUUUAAUACUUCCUCAUGGAGAAGUAUCUACGCCUGUAUAUAUGCCAGUAGGCACCAAAGGAACAAUAAAAGGUUUUUUUUUUAAAAAAAAAAAGAUAAAAACCUAAAAAAAGGUCUAACAUCGGAAGAAAUGGAAAAUCUUAAUUGUAGACUACUUUUAGGAAACACAUAUCAUUUAGCCUAUUAACCAGGAGGCGAUUUUUUAGAAAAAGUUGGAGGAUUACAUAAAUAUAUGAAUUGGAAAUAUAAUAUAUUAACUGAUUCUGGAGGUUUUCAAAUGGUUUCUUUAUCUAAAUUAUGCGAAAUUACUGAAGAAGGGGUUAGGUUUUCAUCACCAGUAGAUGGUUCAGAGAUGUUUUUAAGACCAGAAGAUUCAGUUCACACCUAAAACUAAAUUGGUGCUGAUAUAAUGAUGGCUUUAGAUGAUGUAGUAUAGACAACAACAUAAGGAGAAAGGAUGAAAAUAGCUUGCGAAAGGACAGUCAGAUGGAUAGAUAGAAAUAUAGAGGCACACAAAAAAUAAAAUGAGUAAAAUCUUUAUCCAAUAGUAUAAGGAGGAAUUGAUUUCGAGCUAAGAAAAUAUUGCUUAGAAUAAUUAAUAUCUAAAGAUGCUGCUGGGUAUGCGAUCGGAGGUCUUGCAGGAGGUGAAGACAAGUAAGAUUUUUGGAGAAUAGUUAAUUUAUGUACUGAUUAUUUACCUAAAGAUAAGCCUGUAUAUUUAAUGGGAGUUGGAUAUCCAGAAGAUUUAGUUGUGUGUGCUUGUUUAGGUGUUGAUUAGUUUGAUUGCGUUUUUUCUACAAGAACAGCUAGAUUUGGUACUGCAUUUACUAAAUAUGGCUUUUUAAAACUAAAAAAUUCUGAACGAUAAUUAGAUUUAGGUCCUAUUGAUGAUGAUUGUGGUUGUGAGACUUGCAAAAGAUUUAGUGUAUCUUUUCUUUAUAAUACGAUUGGAAAAGAAGAAACUGCUUGUCAUUUAGUAAGCUAUCAUAAUUUAUAUUAUUUACUUAAUUUAAUGAAGAAUUUAAGAUAAUCUAUUCUUGAUGGAACUUUAUAAUAAUUUGUUAACAAUUUCUUUAAAAAUUACUAUAAAUAUGAAAAAAAAAUACCUUAAUGGAUUAAAGAUGCUAUGGAAGCUGCAAAAAUAAAUUUAACCUUUACUUUUGAUGAAUGA